AUGAUGCCAAAGUCGGUUCUAGUGUUCGUGCUGGUGUGUCUCAGUGGAUGUUCCGCGGCACCCGCAUUCGAACCAUUGGAUUACCUUCCAACAUUGGAGUAUCUUCGAAAUGUGCUGCGUUUUAGCAUACUCUCCCUUUCCGAAGUGAAACCGGACACGACUUUGCCACUUACCGUAAAUAUUUCUCAAACUCUUAGCCAAGUGAGCCUCGCAUUUACCAAUGCGCUAGAAACAGCGGACAAGAUCACCAAACUUCUCCAGACGCAAGAUAUCGCUCGCAAUACGCAACCGUUAGGGGAAAAUCUUCAACAAAUAAAUAGCUACUUGAAUGAGAUUAACAUCCACUUCCCAGAGUACUACCGUAAGGAGAACGCCUCUCAAGAGUUGGAACUCCUGGAGCGGUACAUGAGUGAGCAUUUGCUGAGGGUAGAUUUCAAAACAAAUGUCCUCCAGUUGAGUGAUCUACGUGAGAUCAAUAGUUUUCUGACAGGUGCCACCAGUCACGUAAUGUCCACGACAAUGGCCGUCUUCCUAAUCUCCAGUGUCGAGAAGCUGCAACACUAUCUCAAAGUGCUCUUUUUACCACCCCACAUGGAGGCGACAGAGUUGAAAGAUCUUCACGAUGUCACCCAGAUCGUACGCUCGUACCAUCUGCUGUACGGUGCUGCUCUUCGUACCGCAUCGGAACGCUAUCUUCGGGAAGCAUCUGACGGUAGACAGUUGCUGCAAUCGAUGCUGGGUACACUGCAACACCUUCCCGAAGAUCUUCAAAAAGCUGUCGCCGAGUUUGCUAACCAAGUGGACAACUUCAUCCAGACCGGGCUCGGUGAUCUACAGUCGAUCGAAUCCAAAGCUGACAAUCGGUUUGGAGAACUCUUGCAAAACAUGCUUUACUCCUCGUACGGCUUAGUAUCGUCGGGAAUGGCAAAGUUACGUCCCUUCCCGCAGCACGUUCAGUGCGUACGUGAUCUUGUCCCCCGUGCCCAUACCGUUGCUGCACUAAGCUUAACGUCUGUUGCACUAUGCUCGAACGAGGCAACCACACCGCUGUAUGAUGCAACGAUGUUGUACCAUGAUAAAAUACGUCAUCUUCAGCAUGAAAUCUUCGACCAGCUGCAAAAAGUGGGAGCUUGUGAUAAACUACAAACUGGAAGCUGUUCCUCGGUCUAUGAUGAGACGGUGACUCUUGUUAACACAAAUGCGGACGUGGUGAAACAUUUCACAAUUGAUUUUGAGCCGUACCGAGAACAAUUGUUCAGCUGCCUUACGUCCAGGUACGAAAUCGUGAUGGCAAAAGUGCUGGAUAUGUCUCUCAACUUUGACAAAUGUGUUAAGACAACCAAGUAG